AUGUCGUCAAAAAACAUACCAGCUGAUAAGGUUAUUCUUUUCAGAUUUAGGAAAAAUUUUCCUGUAUCAAAGGAAAUUUUCCUCGAUAUUCUUAAUGAGAUUGAGCCAAAGUUUCCGCCUGUAAGGGUAAAAGGACUAACGCCAAAAGAAGUGCUGGCUGCUACGCUGCGGUUUCUUGCGGAGGGGAGUUACCAAAAUGGAACCGGGAAAGAUUUCAAUAUAGCAAUAGCUCAACCAACAUUCUCCGUGGCAUUAACCAGGUGUUUAAAUAUUUUGGAAGAAACGUUGGCGCCCAAAUACAUUUCAUUAUCAAUGGAACUAAAUGAGCAGCAAGAUUGCACAGUUCCAAGCAUUUGUCUAAGGAAAUUGCAUUUGUGUCCUCACAAUCUAAACAUAAAGCAUAGCUAA